AUGUGUAAUAUUAAUAUAAGGGUGGCCAUUCAUAUCCUGACUCAAGUGUUGUCUACACAAGUUGCUAGGGAUGCUAGGAUCCAAGUGAACCCCAUUGCUACCACAACCGCUUCAGGGAUAAGGGAUUUCACAAAGAUGAAUCCUCCUACUUUCUUUGGAUCCAAUGUGGAGGAGGUCCCGCAAGGGUACAUUGAUGAACUGUUCAAGGUACUAUAUGUCAUGGGUAUGGCUUCCCUAGAAAAGGCAGAACUAGCUGCCUACCGACUCAAAGAUGUGUCUCAAGUUUGGUAUGAGCAAUGGAAGGAUGAGACGCUGGCCGAACAAAUUGAGGAGCAAAAGAUUAAACAAGUUUGUAGUGAAAUGAAGAGGACAAGGGCCGAAGAUAGAAAUUCUUUUAAGUCUAGAUUUGAGGUGCAAGAUAAGUCAACGUUGAAGAAGAGGUUCCCCAAUCAAAGACGUUCUACCUUUCCAAGUAUCAACCAAGGUAAAGGGUCUACACCCAAGGCUAAAGAUAAGAAAGUUAGUGGUCUUUAUGUUGAAAAGUCUAGUUGUGCUAAAUGUGGUAGAAAACAUGAAGGCAAAUGUCUAGUUGGUACGGGAAAUUUCUAUGGUUAUGGAAAGAGUGGUCACAUGAAUAGGAUUGUCUUUCUAUGA